GCAGUGCAACAAAAAUGGCGGCGCCCACGUUUUUCUCAGCCGUCGUAAGGACGCGAAGAUGUCCUCAUUUCCAGGGUCUCCAGGCCGUGCUCUGCCCACAUAUCCCAGCAGCCCCCACGUCCUGCGUGGUCGUGCGGACCAAGAAGCGGAUGUUCAUCCCGAAACAGGCGAAUCGGAGCAAUAAGGAGUUCAUGGAGGAUCCGGCCGCCGCGAUGAAACGACAAGGCAUCGUCCCGGACGACAAACUGGACAGACAAGUCAACAUCUCCUGCACACCUGAAGUGAUGGACCCCUACAUCCCACCUGAAGGCGAUGGCAGACAGUCGGUCCUGUCUAAGGAAGGGGCUGUACAACGUCUUAGCUCUGCCAAGGCUCUGGCCACCUCACAAAUCAGUGUCAGGAAAAUCAAGGAGUUUGACAAGGAGUUCAGCACGAAGGCAUUUGCUGGGACAGCUCAAGAGAUCUACAAAGAAGCACACGACUGUCUAGCUAAUUUCAACACCAGAAACAGACAUCGACUGCAUCAGCUGGUUACAGAGAAGUGCUACCCUGACAUGGUGAGGGGUUUUCGGUUCCGAACCAUCCACUGGACGUUCCAUGAGUCGGUAGAACCUCCCAAGGUCGUUCAUGUACGCCAUAAUGACCUUAUCACCAAGGGCAACGUGUACGGGCAGGUCACCGUCAGGAUGCACACUAGACAGACUUUGGCGAUCUAUGACAAGUUCGGGCGGCUGGAGUUUGGAGAUGAGAAUCUGGUGAAGGAUGUUCUGGAGUACGUUGUGUUUGAGCGCCACCUGCCCAACCCUUACAGCUCAUGGCGUAUGCACACCAAGAUUGUCCCAUCAUGGGCUCCUCCUAAAGAACCUGUCAUUAGGACCAUGUUCAUCCCUACGAGCAAGAAGAACCCAUGGGACCGUGCCUGGGACAGCGAGGAUCCCGUACCCACGCCCAGCGAGGAAGCCAUCCGCAAAUUCGAGGAACUAAACGAAGAACUGAACAGGAAAACUGGCUACAACUACACACCGACCGAACCAAAGGAAACAAAGGAAAUGACCACUACAACAUGAGAAAUUAGUAUUGUUUCAGCUCCUUGUAAACAGAAGUUUAUUGUACAGUUUUGGAUGCCUGUAUGGCGGCCAAUAAACCAAACAAAUGUACCA